AUGUACAAAUUUCAAUUUUUCACAUUUUGCAUUCUGAUUUUCACAAAAUUCGCCACGUCAUCUGCCAUCGUCCACAUGACCCAGAAUUCGUUAAAUGGAGCGAAAUUCUAUGAGCUGCGGAGGUCUCCACAGAAAUUUUCGAAACAGAAUUUUGAGAUUUUGAAAGAACCCACAAAUUUUACACCUACCGUAAUCUGCAACUCUGAAACAAUCGGUUUGGAACUGAACGAAAAUUUCGCGGAUAUUCGAAUUUUUUCGGCUGAUCACUCGAAUCAUCCGGAUUGUUUGAGACGAUUUUCAUUGGAAUUGGAACCGAAAUUUGUGACCCGAAUCGAUGGACCAUGUGGUGUGAGGAGGCUUUAUAAGGGCAUCCCCUCCACCUCGUUGACCUACUCCAUCCGUCUAAUUGUUUCUCAUAAUCCCACUGAACCUACCGUUUACGACAAAAUCUACGACGUCACCUGCUCCCUUCACCUCAAAACAAUGGAAGUCAAAGCCUCAUAUGAUAUUAUAACACCGCAAACCACUACACUAUCUUCAUCAUCUGUUCAAACGAAAAUCGGACCAAAAUGCAAAUACUCUCUGCAUCAUGAUCGCGUUGGGGGCCCACGGACCGCGUCGGCACAUGUUGGAGAAGUGAUUUAUCAUCGCUGGAAGUGUGCUGCUCCUUUGUACCGUGGGAGUCGUAUCCGUCAAACGCCUGAAUUCAUUUUCAAGGUUUAUUCUUGUGUUGUUCAUGAUCUGAAAAAUCGAACGUAUUCAAUAAUUGAUGAUGAUGGAUGUUCGUUGGAUGAAGAAAUCAUACCAACGCCUGAAUAUGAUAUUCAGAAUGGGGUGAUUUAUACGCCAAGUAAAGCUUUUAGGUGGCCUCCAAAAUGCACAAAAUCCCAAAAAAUUGGAGAAAAAUCAGUCAAAAAGACGAGGAGAGCGCUUCAAAAUACCUCUGAAAAACUGUCGAUUGAGCAGCGAUUGCUCAGAAUUCACGAGUUGAUGAAAGUGAAAAAAUCGGAGAAUCAUACUGUAGAAGUGGGCGGAGCUACGAAUUUCGGGGAAAUUUCGAUGGGAAGACGGAGGAGUGAUAUGAUGAAUGAUAGCUGGAAACAUGAAGAAGAAAAUUUUGAAAAUCAAGAAAAAAACUAUUUGGAAGUGGAAGCCGAGCCGUUGGUUGUGGAUCGGGACUACGAAGUCCAAAAACUGCAUCACAUCAUUGAUUCCUACAAACUAUGGACAUGGAUUCUAUGCACAUUGAACGUUUUUCUAGUGAUUUUAUGCAUUUUAGUCACCUUUCGAUUACUAAAAAACAAAUAUAUUAUGGAUAUUAAGGACAAAACAAAUACAAUUUUUAAACGAGUCCCAUUUUGA